UUCAGCUACAGAGACGGCAACAAAAAUACCACUUUAAAAACUUGGGAUAGAAAUGAUUUUAAGCCUCAGUGCAAAAGAACAAAUCUAAUGACAAAUAAUGGAAUAAAUUCAUGUCCAGUGAAUUUGGGAGCUCAACAAUGGAAACAAUUAAGAGUAUAUGAAUCUACUAACUUAUCUCACCAAAGAGAAAGUGAAGUACUCACACAAACACAUUCGUCAAAAAUAUCUGGCUCCACAAUGAGAAGUCUAGACAGAAACGGUUCAUUACAGGCAUUUAAGCCCAAUUUUCAACAAAAUCAACGUAAGAAAAAAAUGUUGGAUGGUUUUCCAGAAGAAAACACCCUCAAGAAGGAAGCAUCAUUGUAUCCGUUAAAGCUUAAGGAGAAAGAGAAUUCUUUGAGAAUUAUAUCUGCAGUUAUUGAAAGCAUGAAGUACUGGUGUGAACAUGCACAGGAAACUGUCCUUGUUUUUGAAAUACUAGCUGUUCUCGAUUCAGCUGUUACACCUGGCCCAUAUUGUUCAAAGACUUUUCGUCUGAGAGAUGGGAAAAAUACUCUGCAUUGUGUAUUUUAUGAAAUAGAUCGUGAACUUCCACGACUGAUUAGAGGCCGAGUUCAUAGGUGUGUUGGAAACUAUGACCAGAAAAAGAAUAUUUUUAAAUGUGUUUCUGUCAGACCAGCAUCUGUUUCUGAACAAAAAACUUUCCAAGCAUUUGUUAAAAUUGUAGAUGCUGAAAUGAGAUAUUAUACUAAUGUAAUGAAUGAAAUUUAA